AUGAGCCUCGAGAACGAUGGACUGGAUGCGGAGCUGGCCUGUUCGGCGGAUCAAACCGACCACAAAGCGAACAUGUUGGCUGAGGAAGAAGAGGAUAAGCUCAUUACGCAGCAAGUGAACGCCGAAGAGUUCCUGGCAUCGGAGGGUAUCGCCCUGCUCGAGUACGAGAAGCGAAUGUUCUUCGAUCUGCUCCAUAUGGAUGCUCUCGUCGUGUGUGCCAAAGGCAUCAACUACGAACGCGUGUUGCUAAACCUGUUGAAGAUAUUCUGCGACACUUCCACGCUGGUCCUGGUGGUAAACUGUUCCGAGAGUGAGGAGCGAUUUUACAAAGCCCACCUCGAGCAUGCCGAACACAUUCACGAAACGGCCAAGCUGUCUACCGAGCGCGAACGCACGUACCUACAGGGUGGGAUCCAGUUUAUCAGCACACGCAUUUUGGUGGUCGAUUUGCUAAAAAACCGCAUCCCGAUCGAACUGAUAACCGGGAUAUUCGUGGUGCGGGCGCACGAGAUAGUCGAGUCAUGUCAGGAGGCUUUCGCCUUGCGACUUUACCGGCAACGGAAUAAGGUCGGGUUCAUCAAGGCGUUCUCGCGCAACGUAGAAGCGUUCACUUACGGGUAUGGGCACGUGGAGAAAGUGAUGCGCAAUCUGUUCGUGAAGGAGCUACUGAUAUGGCCACGGUUCCACAUGACCAUACAGCGGUCACUGAAACCGCACGAACCGGCCGUUGUCGAGAUACAGAUUCCCAUGACGCAGAGCAUGAUAGUGCUGCAGACGAAUCUGCUGGACCUAAUGAACUACCUGGUGAAGAGCGUCAAAAGCCUGAACCGCCACGUGGAACUGCAGGAGGUAACGGUGGAGAAUUGCGUGACGAAAAAGUUCCACAAAAUCCUCCAGGCACAACUGGACACCAUUUGGCACCAGCUGAGCUCGCAGACGAAACUAAUCGUGGCCGAUUUGAAGGUUUUACGCAGCUUGAUGGUGUCCUGUCUCUAUGGGGAUGCUGUGUCGUUUUAUGCUUUAGUCAAGCGCUACCGCACGAAAGAGUACGCACUCAGUAAUUCGGGAUGGACAAUCAUGGAGGCCGCCGAAAGAAUCUUCACCAUUGCUAAGGAACGCAUUUUCAACAGUGAGGAUGAGUUCGAACCGGAACUGUCCCCCAAGUGGAAGGCACUGCAGGAUGUGCUGCGUGUCGAUAUUCCCAAAGACAUCAAGGAAACAUCGAUCAAAAUUCGCAAGAUAGAGGAACGGCAAAAGUAUCUCCAACAGCAGGUGAAGAUUCUAAUCCUGUGUCAGGAUGCCCGGGAUUGCUAUCAGCUGAACCAGGUGCUCACACAGGGCCCGGAGCGCCAUCUGUUUUAUCAAGCGAUGAAAAACGAUAUCACGGUGUCGAAACUGUCGGAAAACUUUAAGCACAUAUCGGUCGAAAAGAAUGGGGCCAUCUUUAAGGUACAAUCAUUCGAGCCCCUUUCUAAACCGAAACCAAGUACGUCCAAUGCCGCAGCCAAGAGCGAUGCUCCCGCAAAGGGAGCAUUUUUACGCGAAAGAAUCGCAAAGAAGCGUCUCGAGGCGGCCGAAGAGCUUGAGGCGCGCAACGCCAAAGAAGACGAAGAUGCACUGACCGCCGAAGAUACGGAGACACCGCAACAGUCCGAAAUGGAAUCCGAGUUGGCCGGGCGCGCGACGGAAGAUCCGGACUAUCAGCGGUACUUUCGUGAUUCGUACAUUUUGACCAUGUCGCAGAAACCGCUCGAUGAAACCGACCCGGAUGUGUCGCCGUUUGAUAUCAGUGUGCUGGAGAGCGGUGCGUUUGAAUCUUUCGCCGAAAUGGAAAACAUGGACAUUACGACCAUUGUGAAGGAUUGCAAUCGGCCGCUGGUGUUCAUUCAAACGUUUAGGAGUGAAUCUACGGGACUGGGUUCGCUCGAUCGGACACUGGAGCACAUCAAUCCGCGCUACAUCGUCAUGUACCACACGAACGUCACCGCUAUCCGGCAGAUCGAGGUGUACGAGGCCCGACAGCGGCGCGCAGAGGUGGCCCGCGUUCGUGUGUUCGCCGUCAUCUACUCGAAAACGGUCGAGGAACAGUCCUAUCUAACUUCGUUGCGGCGUGAGAAGCAAGCGUUUGAGUUGCUGAUCGAAACGAAAAGGACAAUGGUCGUGCCGGAAUAUCAGGAUGGCAAAUCGGAAGACACGAUUAUGAUGCUGCAGAAGAAGCAGGAAAUCUCGAGCCGACAAGCGGGUGGGCAGGAGAUCAAAAAUCCGGAAGAGAUUGUCACACCCCGCGUUAUCGUCGACAUGCGAGAGUUUCGUUCCGAUCUGCCGUGUCUCAUUCACCGACGGGGUAUCGAUGUGGUUCCGUUAACCAUCACGGUCGGUGAUUACAUUCUAACGCCGGAGAUUUGCGUCGAGCGUAAAUCGAUUUCCGAUCUGAUCGGUUCGCUAAACUCGGGCCGCUUGUACAGCCAGUGCGUCCAGAUGACCCGCUACUAUGCCAAGCCGAUUCUGCUGAUCGAAUUCGAUCAGAACAAACCGUUUCACUUUCAGCGCUACUUUAUGGUGUCCGGUGGCGGCGGCGGCGGUGGUUCCUCGUCGUCGCUCGGUUCGUCAAACGAGGACAUUAUGGCGAAGCUGCAGCUAUUAACGAUUCACUUUCCCAAGCUGCGGCUCGUCUGGUCGCCGAGUCCGUACGCGACGGCACAACUGUUCGAGGAGCUUAAGCAAGGCAAAGCCGAACCCAAUCCGGAUGUGGCGGUCAAGAUCGGGUCCGAUGAAGCGGCCACCGACGACGGGCCGGAAGGAACGGCCGAUGGGCUGCUGGUGAACGUCGAUAUGCAGGAGUUUCUGAUGAAACUUCCGGGCAUAACGUCGCGCAACAUCGGUAAAGUUAUGCGCCAGUGCAAAAGUUUGCGGGAAUUGACGCAGAAAACGGAAGCCCAGCUGGAGGAACUGCUCGGCGGUCAGGCACUGGCAAAGCAGCUGUGGGAAAUACUGCACGUUGCUCACAAACCGACCCAGCCGGAUCCGAGCGGUAAGAUGCCCUGGUCAAAGUUCAAGCGUGGUGCUGGAAACCGGGGCAGAAUGUGA